ACAUGGGUAUAGCAAGACUUCUCAAAGUGCGGAUAAAUUAACCAGAGACAUCUUCGGGACUAUUUCAUUCUUGGUGUAUUAUUCGUCAAGAGUUAAAACAUAUUCAGCUGCCUGUAGAAGAUGAUACGCCAAGUUCUACUUUCUGUAUGUGUUAUCGCACUGGCCUAUGUGUACUCCAAACCUACAGUUCUUCACAGGGCCAAGCGAUGGGAGGAAUUUCCGAACCUGACGUUCUCAUUCGACUGUUCCGACCGCGCAGUCGGUUUCUAUGCCGAUACGGAGCACCACUGUCAGAUCUUCCACAUGUGUGACGAGGACGGGCGUCGCAUCCCUUACAUCUGCGCAAAUGAAACCAGCUUCAACCAAGAAUUCCGAGUCUGUGACUGGGAGUAUAACUUCGACUGCAGUCAGGCACAGCAGUGGUACUACCUGAACGAGCUGACAUACGUCACUGAUCCACCCAAGCCCCGGGCACCGAACCCAGACAGCAGAUCGGCAGCUGAGGCGGCUUUCCAAUAACAAACCAGCGAGUACAAAACAGAUUUGAAUUUCAUUCCAAUCCCUUCCAAAGACUGCACGUUGAAUGAAAGCAAGGCUGUAAAUACAAUUCACAAAAUAUGCGUCGUCUGAAGGACAGAUCGUCAUCUUCUUCACAACUAAUGGGUCAUUAAGAUGGCGUAAUAUAACUUUGUUUUAUUUUUCAUCAUUGUUCCUAUAUAUAAUAAAUGUAUACUUAUUUUUUUAAAAACUAUAUUGAUUCUUGAAAGUUAAUAAUCAGUUUGAAAACGUGACUGUAGGCCAAAUUACAUCAUUAUGAAACAAAUAUACGUAAAAGUCACUAUUUUUGUCAGAAUUAGUACUACAUGAUAUUAAAGCUUUAUAAGUUUAAAUAUUACUUAAUCUAUUUUACAUAAUAUUAAAAUUAUUAAUGCAUGUGACUGUUUGUUGAAAUGAGCUGCUCCUGUAAUGUGCCAAUGUACAAUAAUUUGUAUAGAUAAAUAAAAGUAAUAUGUUCUUACGCCUGUCCUAUA